GCGCCCGCUCCACUCGCCGCGGGCUCGCUGGGCGUGGGGAGGGCGGCGAGCACGCAAGCCGAGCGACUGACGUGGGACGAGCUGCCAGGUAGCGGAAGCAGCCAGCCGCCGGAGGAGACACUUCACGGCGUGGCAGCCCUGGUCUGCGCCUGAAGCCUCCGGAUCGCAGCCAGCUCGGUCCAACCCUCGCCAGUCGCAAUCCCCUGUGCCCAAGCCACUCUUUGCUGCGAGUGGCAGCAUGCAUGCAGUAUCGCGCCCUGGGCUCUGAGAGCAGCCCGCGGAACGCUUGCCUGCCUGUCUAGGUUUUGGGGCUCUGGGCUACACGGAUGUGCCCUAUUCCCUUGGCAUGAUGGGGAUCUUUUUGGCGUCUGUUGGAUUUAUGUUCUUUUCCGUGUUAUAUGUACAACAAGGGCUUUCUUCUCAAGCAAAAUUUACCGAGUUUCCUCGAAACGUGACUGCGACCGAAGGGCAAAAUGUGGAGAUGUCCUGCGCUUUCCAAAGCGGCUCUGCUUCGGUGUACCUGGAGAUCCAGUGGUGGUUCCUUCGGGGACCAGAGGACCUGGAGCAAGGGACAGAGGCGGCAGGCUCGCAGGUGGAGCUCUUACCCGACAGAGACCCGGACAACGACGGGACCAAGAUUAGUACAGUGAAAGUCCAAGGCAAUGACAUCUCCCACAAGCUUCAGAUUUCCAAAGUGAGAAAAAAGGACGAAGGUUUAUAUGAGUGCAGGGUGACUGAUGCUAACUACGGGGAGCUUCAGGAACACAAGGCCCAGGCCUACCUGAAAGUCAAUGCCAACAGCCAUGCUCGGCGGAUGCAGGCCUUUGAAGCCUCGCCUAUGUGGCUACAAGAUACGAAGCCUCGAAAGAAUGCAUCCUCAGUGGUUCCCAGCAGCGUCCACAGCUCUGCCAACCAACGAAUGCACUCCACCUCCAGCCCUCAAGCGGUAGCCAAAAUCCCCAAGCAAAGUCCACAAUCAGCAACUCUAGCCCUUCAUUUGCAUCAACGCCAACUUCUUCAGAAUUUCAGCAGAUACUGCAGACCAUCUAAGAAUCAGCCUUGAGGACUGAACAACUACUGGAUCCUUGGACCUUCCCUCCAUUGUUGGACUAGCCGGACUACACUCUGUAAAUCACUAAUAAACCCCCUUGGAUGGAUAGGCACAGAGAUUCAUUGAUUCAUUCGUUCUAUAAGUUCUGUUACUCUAGAGAACCCUAAUUAAUACAGCUAUAAGGAACGACUAAACUUCAAUUUCACUCCAUUAAAAAAUGUUAGCUAGGUGGCUUCUAUGUGCAGACACUACUCUAACAUUUGGGAUAAAGUUGUAAAUCAGUUAAAAUGCCUACUGUCUACCUUUUUGCAAACAGCAAAAAUAAAAUAUUUAGGCAAGAUGGUAGAAAAUACAUCAAAAUAAAUAAGUAGGUGGGAAAACAAUAGAAAUUCAACCAGUUUCCUGAGUGUCUGGCCAAGACCAAUUAUAUAAAGAUGUUAAGCAAACUAAGCCAACCCCAGAAAGUCAAGUAUCACAUUCCCCUCAUACACAGGGUCAAGAUUUUGUGUGUGCAAUGCAGUAAAUCACAAAACUUUAAAGGGGGACUGUGAGAGUAAGGACUUUUAGAGGACUUAGGAGAAGGUGAAAGAAAACAGAUGCUAUGAAAGCAAUAUGGGGCUUACAGGUAGAGGGAAGUAGAUAAGAGGGUAGGACAUUGAGGGAGGAAACAUCAAAGGAUAAAUGCUACCAUGAAAAAGACCACUAGAUGAGCUGCCUUAAAAAUGCCUAAAGCAACAUAAAGCUGAACUAUUUCACAACAAAAAUUCCAUCAGGUCUCGAAUAUAUUAGGUAAAUAAUUUGAUAUAUUCUUUUCUAAUCAGGAAAACUAACUUGCUUAUAAAGAUUAUUCUCUAUUAUAGGAGUUCUUGGCCAGUCCACCCUGAAUUUACAUUCAUGCAUAGUGAAUACUUGGGUUACUCCUGUAGUUGUGUCAGAAAUCAGUUUUAUCAAGCUCAUUACUCAGACCAACACACUACACUUUUCCUAUAACAACAAAAAAAUUAAAGCUCACUCAAUUCUAUCCUCCAAGCAAAUAUAUUCUUCUGAAGUAUGUGUUUACACAUGUAUGUAGACAAACACAGAUAUUGGUACACACUUGUAUCCACCCAUCUUUUUUUAAGCUUCUAAGGAACUAUACUGAAACAUGUAGUUUUAUGGUAUCCUCAAGUUUAGGGAUAGCCAAAGAUUUGCUGCAUCUUCAUUUCCAAGGACAACGUUUCAUUCUCAAUUCAAACACUGGAAACACUUCAAAACCAGACUAUCAGCUAUAAUCACAAUGAUAAAAAAUGAAGACACAAAAAGGGAAAAAUUAGGAUAUUUUCUGUAGCUUGAAUGUAUCCCCAGAAAAUGCUAAAAGCUUAGUCCCUAGGGCAAGAGAGUCGAGUGGCAGGCCCUGUCAGGGGUUAAACCCUAAAAUCCUCAUUUUCAUAAAUAGAAUUAAGAGAUUCCCAAACAGCUUGCAGCUGCUCAAUGUCCACUUCCUGCUCUCAGAAACGAUCAAAGGAUGGGGCUGCAACAAGACCUCUGCUGGGGGCUAGAACUUGAACACUGGAAUUCCCAAGGUUUGGAACUCUGAAUAGUUUUUAGGAAGUUAAUCAAUAUAUGUCAUGACACUAGCAAUAUAAAACACCAACGUAAAUACCUGCCAAGUUGUUUCAAGUACCAUCUAAACGGUCUACAAUGUAAGUGCGACCUGUGCAAAAUUACUAUCAAAUCGCACUAGUAACGAUUUCACUUACCUUUCCCAUCUUUACCCACUAUUACAGCAAACAUCUACCAGAAAAUGCUACCUAUGAUUGUAGUGUGUCAUUCUAAAGUUCCCAGGAAUAUUUCAUCUCCAGUCUACUGGAUUAUAAGAUUAGGUAAUCAGGUCACACACCGUCCUCCCUGUUGGGAUUCUGAGAUUGGCAUUUAAGUGAGUUGGUCACACAUGUCCUCCCUAUCGGUUGGAUUAUGGUUAUUAUUAAAGCCUCUGCACACAGCCCCUAGUUUGUCAGCCACAGGAAGCAUCCUACGCCAGCCACUCUUUGAAGCACUGAGACCAUGUUCUCAGCACACUCUGAAUCUACUGGCACUGCUACACUGGGAUUUCAUGGCCUUCGGGAUGUGAAAAAAGUAAGUCUUAUCCCUACAGAUUACUCAGCUUCAAGUAUACUGUUAUCACGGCCCAAACAGUCAAGGCAGAAAAGCAUCUAAUUUACAAGGUUUCAGCAAUUAUCUCAUUUUUUUCCCCUUCAAACCAAAAACUUCAAGGAAGAAAAAUAUUCUAGCAUCAUCUUUUACUAAAAUCUGAUAAAUAUCUAUUACGGAAAAAUGUUUAUUUUGAAAUUAUUUUAAUUUAGAAAUAGAAAAGUCAUAGUUAGGAGGAAAGAAACAAAAACCACAAAGCAUCCAGGCAACUUUUACUUCAUGAGCUUGUCACCCCCUCAUUGGUUCACCAGUCCCACGAUGAGCAAAGACUCAGCCACCCCUGCAAGAGAAAGAAAAGAGGUCACUUUUAAGCAUAUCAUUUGAAAUGCAAUAGGAAAUUUCAUUUCAUGAAAUUUCAAGAGAACAACACCUAAGUUUAUCCCAGGUCAGUUUAAAAGAAAAACACUAAAUCAAAAUCUAAAGUUAAAAGGUUCUUAAUGAUGGGUGGCUUCUGGGGAAGGUGAUUUUAACCCUCAUUAUGCACCUUUAAGAAAUGUUAGUUUGAAACAGUCUGACAAGUCUUUCUAAUAACAAAAUGUAUUAAUUACACAUGAAGUUUUCAAUUUUACAUGACAUGAAAGUAACAAACCAAAUUAAAGAAGAGAAAAAGACAGCACCACUCUCCUCAACCAGCAGGCCAUCAGAAAGACCCACAAAACUGGUUUAAGCACAAUGUCCACAGAAGCCCACCUACACUGAAACACACAGCAUUAUAUAGCUCCUUUCAAUUACAGUAGUUUGUGUAUUAAUUCUGACAGUUGUAAAAUAAAACCAAAGACAAAAAUUACCCCCAAAAAAUGAUGAGAAAAAAAAAAAAAAGAGAGAGAUUUCAGGUCAAUUUAGUGAGGACCUUAUGGGUAGAUUUCUGUUUCCAUCCUCUGAUUUACGUCACUUCAGGCACCAAAGCAAUUUUCUUUCAGUUCUACUGGUACUGUGCUGUGAGAUGGGAAGUGUGCUUUCUGUUACCCACCACCAACAAAACCCUGUUUUAUCUGGCUUUCACUUGGGAAAAAUUAAUAUUAAAUGGUAGAUAACUUGUAAAACAAUAAAAUAGUGUUUUAACUAUAAGAAAUACUUUCUGAGUAGCUAGUAUCCAACUUGUUUCCCAUACUGCUCUAGCGCCUGAGAGCCACUCGAGUUAUGCAUUCUCUCUGUUCCCCAGUUUCUUCCUGAGGAUUAAGUGAGUUGAUUCACAUUCAACGAUAACUGGAUAAGGUCUCAGCAAGAGCUGGCCAGUAUCACCAUCUACAUCUUUACUAGAAAAGGAUAAAGAAUUCAAGUCAUUUAGUUAAUUCAACUAGUAUUUAUCCAGUAUCUCUGUCUCUCUCUUUCUGUCUGUCUGUCUGUCUCUCGUGUAUGUGUGUAUCAAGGUCAGGCCCUCACCAGAUAGGGAACAUACUAUAUAAGCUUUCAUUUUAGUUUCUAAAACAAUGAAAAAUAAAUUUCUAUUAUCACCAAAUUACAACGCCCAAAGACUUGGGCAGAAGAACACCUGAUAUAUUCACCUUAUAGUGAGUAAUAGUCACUAGUUUGUUUUCCUAUAAACCAGAAGAGUCAGUGUCAAAAAGAAAAAGAGAAUCAUUAUUUUAUAUGAUUAGAAUUUGAUUGUCUGUAGCGGAAAAUGUUUAUUUUAUAAUAAGUAUAGUUUAAAAAUAAAGCAUUUGGGGGAAGGAGUGGCAAAACCAGAAAAACACAAAGUAUACAAGCAAGAUAAGUAACAGGCUUGCCUCCAAAUUCACAAUCUUAAGUUGGCAGACGCACACAUCAAAGUGUGACCCAAGUACACUGCAGUCUGUCAUGAGAGAUAAAAGUAUCGGCUAAGUAAGUGACUGCUGGGGGCGGGGGGUACUAUAUUUAAAACAAAAACAGAAAAGAAACUCAAGGCUUUAUUUUGUCACUCUGGGCAAAACUAUGGGUAUUAUCACAGCAAACAAACACUACAUCAGUAAAGAAACCUUCAUAAAAGUUAAGCUGCUGGGCUAUAGUUGUGCUGGGGGCACGAGGCGCCCAAACCCUGGCUUGAAGAGCUUUUUUCCCACUGAGAAGGCAACUGGUCAUCAGUUUUCUAGUUCAGAAAUUUCUCCAAGACUGCACAGUUCCAAAGCUGACACUUCUCAUUAGGAACAAAUGAGGUUUCUCGGUGGACAGAAGAGAGUCAAUGACUGUCAGCUUCCUCGUUGUUCUGGUUUGUGGUGAUGCAUGGUCUCAUGCCGACCCAACCCCACUUGGACCACUCUUUCUCUCCCGACUCUGCCCAGAAGGUGGAGCAUCUCAGGCGCAGAUCAAGCAUGCCCAUCUUCACUCUGUGACUCUUUACGAGCCAAAAAUAUCACUGUGUAUGACUUGCAUUUAAACACAUCUAACAAUUCGGAUUUAGCCACAUGCCAUGCAAAAACAACUCUACCAGUAUCAGUGACAAAAUAUCCAACACUGAAGAGACUUAUAAUGAAGGAGUUUUCUGAAUAGAUCUGAACUUCACCACCCUAUAAAGUUGGUAUUAAUUGUUCAAAAAUGGGAGAGGAAGCUGACACAUUAUGACUACAAAACCGUAGAUCACAGGGACACUAAAGAGCUGGUUAGCUGUUACAAGCAUACUCCUGCAGAGGACACGGACCCCCAGCAUCCACUCUCGGCAACUCACUCCUAAAGUCAUUAAUCUGUAACAUAAUCGAAAUAAUAACUUCUGUCCUCUCCCACAAUGGUUAAUUAAAUUACCCAAGGCUAUACUGGUUACUGAACAACAAAAACAAAUGCUCUAUCAGACUUCUACCAAAACAGUGAUGUUCAGAUGAAGUACGGAUCCCCUGCACCUUACAAGAUACAGGGACGGGACCUGUAAUGAAUCUGGUCGGUCACGGAGCUGACCGUGACGCACUGCUGCUGUAAGGAUGGUAUUAGAUACAAACGCCUUCUAAAGGUAUUGAUAGUAGUACAACAUCACUAAAAUGUCUUGGGUCAGGUCAGUACAUUAAUAAAAUGGAUUAAUCUCCAACUGAAAUGGCUUCAUUUGCAGUCACUGCUAAAUAGUCGAUUUUUAUAAAGCAACUUACACAAUAAUGUUAUUAAUAGGGAUGUGGAUCAGUUUCACAAAGAAGCCGAUGAACCCCAUGAUAGCGAAUCCAAUCGCUGUGGCCAUGGCGAUCUUCUGGAAUUCUGAAUUUAAAGCACAAAGUUUGUAAUUAUUUCUUGUGAGUCACAGAAAGUAUGGAGAGCUAUCAGUAACAUGAAUAAAGAUACCGGCACACAGAGUAGCAGACACACCAUUUUAAAAACCAAGUUGUAAUACUAACAGUCUAAAUGCUGACUGACAGGUUAAGUCCCAUACUUUGUUAACACUUAACGAAAACAGAAAGGAAAACGCUAUGCUCCUGAGUUCAUCAAUAAACACCAAAGUAUUCAUUAUUCUCAGUGACAAAAGUACAAAAAAGAAAAGAGGAUUGAAGUCAACCUAAGUAGCUUUUUGUAGUAUAACAUUUUUUAAUUGUAACCUAUAGAUUAUAGCAGUAAAAUUAUAGCUUUGGGAUAUAUUAUAGACAUGUAAUUGUCUUUAAUACCAUGAUGAAGUAAAAGAUAAGGACUGAAAAUUCAAAUUAAGAGAAGUAGUUUUACGAAAAGAUUUCAAUUCUGCUAUAUUUCAGUACUAUUCUAUCUCCUAGGGGCACGUUCCCCCACCACCUCACCUGCUUCUCCCCGUAUGCACUACCAGAUCUCCUCAUUAUCUGCCUUUAUACCUCCAACAAGACAGGAAUCAAGUGUGUACUGUAAUGACUGGAUGGCCUUCCCUGACAGACCAUCUUCAUGAGGAUAACACAAGCUUCAUGAGAACAGGAACCCGUACAUAUUGUUUUAUUUACAUAUUCAAUGUGUGCUAGCUAGUUUUCGGUGACACAAGCUAGUCAUUUGAAAGAAGAAACCCAGUUGAGAAAAUGCUUCUCUAAGAUCCAGCUCUAGACAAGCAAGCCUAUACAGCAUUUCCUCAAGUAGUGAUUGAUUGGGGAGGACCCAGCCCACUGUGGGUGAGACACACCCCUGGGCUGCUGGCCCUGGGUUCUAUAGGAACGCAGGCUGAAAAAGCCAUGGGGAGCAGGCAAAUAAGCAGCACCCUCCAUGGCCUCUGCAUCAGCUUCUGCCUCCAGGUUCCUGUCCAGCUUCAGUUUGUCCCUUGGCUUCCUUCAGGGGGCUGUGAUUCAAGAUAUCUGACACAACCCUUUCCUCCCC